AAGAAAAACAAAAUUCAAAAAUUUAAUGUGCAUACUAACAAGCUAGUGAAGAAGAAGAGCAAUGGAAGGAACUUGUUUUCUCCGUGGGCAACCUCUCGUCACAACUAUACAUUCUCUUCCAAGGAAAGGGUUUCAUCUCCAAGGAUGGAAGACCAAUCGGAUUGUCAGAUUAUCAGCUUUAAAGAAUCACUCCGGUCUCGGAAAGGCCAGGUCUUUAGAUCUUAGCCUCAGGGCUUCUGCUUCAGGUCCCAUAAGAGCAAGCUCUGCAGUAACAGAAGCAAUCCCUUCCAACUCAAAUGCCAAAGAAGAAGACCUUGUCUUUGUAGCUGGUGCUACUGGUAAAGUUGGUUCUAGAACUGUGAGAGAACUACUGAAGCUGGGAUUUCGGGUUAGAGCUGGAGUUCGAAGUGCUCAGAGAGCAGGAAGUCUUGUGCAAAGUGUUAAGGAAAUGAAGCUCCAGAACACUAAUGAAGGAACUCAACCUGUAGAAAAGCUUGAAAUUGUGGAAUGUGACUUGGAGAAGAAAGAUUCUAUAAAGCCUGCAUUGGGAAAUGCAUCGGUGAUUAUAUGCUGUAUCGGUGCUAGCGAGAAAGAGAUCUCCGAUAUAACUGGCCCUUACAGGAUCGAUUACCUAGCCACCAAAAACCUUGUUGAUGCUGCAAAAUCUGCAAAAGUUAAUAACUUCAUUUUGGUGACAUCCUUGGGGACAAAUAAAUUUGGAUUUCCCGCUGCUAUUCUCAACCUAUUCUGGGGAGUUCUUUGCUGGAAGAGAAAAGCUGAAGAAGCAUUGAUUGCAAGCGGCCUCAAUUACGCAAUAGUUAGGCCUGGAGGAAUGGAGAGGCCCACCGAUGCAUACAAAGAAACUCAUAAUCUCACUCUUUCUCUAGACGAUACAUUGUUCGGUGGUCAGGUCUCAAACCUCCAGGUUGCAGAAUUGCUCGCUUGUAUGGCAAAGAAUCCUCAACUUUCUUGCUCCAAGAUUGUGGAAGUGGUUGCUGAAACAACUGCUCCAUUAACUCCAAUGGAAAAGCUUCUUGAAAAGAUUCCUUCCAAACGUCCUUAUGUGCCUCCACCAAAGGGAUCAAUUGCAGCCAAAGAGGUCAAACCAGUCCCUACUAAGCCUGUCACUCAAGAGCCAACAGCUCCCAAGGAGGAUGAAGCACCUCAAAAAGAAAAAUAUGUGAAACCUAGGCCGCUGUCUCCUUAUGCGGCCUACGAAGACUUGAAACCUCCAACAUCUCCUAUUCCAAGUUCGACCGCAUCACUCAGUCCUGCCAAAUCUAAGGAGGUAGAUGCCACUGAGGUUCCUGUUGAGGCCAAUAUAGUGCCGGAUAGUAUCUCAAACGUCCCAGUAGAAGAAGAAGAAGAAUUAAAGCAAGCUGGAGAAGAAGAAGUGAAGAAACCUGAGGAAAAGAAAGGGAGGCCUCUUUCCCCUUAUGCCAGCUAUGAAAAUCUGAAACCACCUUCAUCACCCUAUCCUAAAGCUUCGGGAACCAGAAAGACUGAUUCUUUGUCGCCUGGUCCAACUGAUUCUGAUACUGAUAAAAGCUCAACAGUUGCAACAAGCGUCACUGAGACAGCAGUUGCAACAAGUGCCCCUGAGACAGCAGUUGCAACAAAUGUUACUGAGACAGCAGCACCAGCCACACCAAGAAUGAGGCCUCUUUCUCCUUAUGCAGUGUACGCUGACCUGAAACCACCAACCUCACCAACUCCUGCAUCAACUGGUCCCAAGAAAGCAGCAUCUGCAGAAGACAACUCAGAGUUGCCUGGAGGCAAUAAUGAUGUGCCGAAAACAGUUGAUGGAAGUGUGAACACUACUCCAUCUCCUUCCAUACCUGAAGCAGUACCUGUUGUUACCAAUGUAGAGACUUCCCUUGCUGCCGGAGACAAUCCAGCUCAGCCAAAGCCAAGACCUUUAUCACCUUACACAAUGUACGAGGACAUGAAGCCUCCAACAUCACCAAUUCCAUCUCCAGUCAUCAAUCAUUAGUUAUGUGAGAUGAGAACUGGCCUCUUAAACCCUGGAAAUUCUUCAACUUCUUCUUGAUUGUAGAUUCUAAAGAGUGAGUGAGUGAGGGAGAUGGUGCAAUUCAGUUUUGCAGGUAUGAAUCAGUGAGCUUAUUUGUUGAAUAAUACAAUAUUCAUCAAGAGGCCUUAUGAGUUCUACUUUUCUUCUCCUUUCCAACAACCAUAUGUGGUAACAAAUUUGUUUCCCUAUCACAUCUAUAUGACCCAAAUUUCUUAGCAUUACAUUAGGCUUUCAUAUACAUGUCUUAUAUCUUUCUGCUGUAAUCUACUCAUUCAAUCAACUUAAUGUGUUUGUAUACAAAUUCAAUAUAUAUAUAAAAGAGAAACGGAGAAGUUUUAUAA